UUCUAUCUGGGUUUAAUCCUUGACCUCAACGAGACGGAUUCGGAUCGGUCUGCUUUCUCUCUCUCUCUUCUUCGUCCGUUUCGGUAAAGCGAAAGAAGAAAUCGUGUUUGUUUUUAUGAUUUGCGUGGGUAACGCACAUCCAGAAAACCCGAAAAAAAAUGAAUAAUAACAUUUGUUAAAUCAACAACAUUUGUGUGUGUAUUUGCAGCAGAAGAGAACCGGAAAGUUGUUUAUGCUAAUUUAUUGCGGAUUCGUUGUAGCCCGGUCAUUGCCAGCAACCGGUCCACGGAUCACCUCUUCUUCGUGAUCUCAGUAUAAAAACGGUUCCUUCGUCCGGCCCACCUCUCAUUCUUGAACCUGGGUAAGUUCGUGCCGGUUUCGAUCGCGCGCAAUCUCUCUUUGCGUAAAGAAGGAACGGAUUGAAGUAUGUGGAUCUGGAAGUGCGUCUCGGUCUGCUGCCUUCUGUGGACGGUGGCUUUGUGCGCCGAUCCGGAAUUGGAGGAGGAAGAGCUGAGAGCCAGGACUUUCCUUCAACACAUCAACGGCGUCCGUCUGGAAGAGUACCAGAGACUCGCGAACGCAGAAUGGAACUACCAGACGAAUCUGACCGAGCCCAACAAGAAGCAUCUGUUGGACACGGAAACUGUAAUCGCUGAGUCCCUCAAGAAGCAAUGGGAUGAAGUCAUCAAGUUCAAAUGGCAAGGAUUCAGGGAUAACGACAUCAAGAGACAGUUCAAGAUGCUCUCCAUCCUCGGUCCAGCCAUCCUUUCCGAAGAGAAGUUCCAGAGGAAUUCCAAAUUGGUUUCAGAAAUGCAGGAGCUUUACUCUACGGCCAAAGUGUGCGACUACAAGGAUUCAAAGAAGUGCGAUUUGGCGCUUAAUCCAGAUUUGGAAUCGAUCAUACGUACGUCCAAAGACCCUGAAGAGCUGAAGCACAUUUGGGUGGAGUGGAGGAAAGCCGUUGGUCAGAACGUGAGGCAAAUGUACAAAGAACACAUUGAACUCGACAACGAAUCCGCAAGAUUGAACAACUUCACCGACACCAGCGAGUACUGGCUCAGCGAUUACGACACUGCGGAUAUUAAAGAUCAGAUCGAAAUGCUUUGGAAGCAGAUGAAACCUUUAUACCUGCAGAUCCACGCUUACGUCAGGCAUCAGAUGAGGAAGACUUACGGAGAUUUGGUCCCAGAAAAAGGUCCGAUUCCUGCGCAUCUCACUGGUAACAUGUGGGCACAAUCUUGGGAGCACUUUUUCGAUCAGUCCAAACCUUACCCGAACAAGAAAAGUUUGUCCAUCACCGAAGAAAUGAUCAAGCAGAAUUACGAUUACUUGAAAAUCUUCAAAACCGCCGAAGAGUUCUUCGUUUCUUUGAAUCUUACCGCAAUGCCUCCGCAGUUUUGGGAGGAAUCGAUGUUGCAGAAACCGACGGAUCGUGAAGUUGUUUGUCAUGCUUCUGCUAUGGACUUUUUCGAUGGUAAAAAUUUCAGAAUUAAACAAUGCACGCAAGUGAAGGAGGAAGAUCUGUUUGUGGCCCAUCACGAAAUGGGACACAUCGAGUAUUUCUUGCAGUACGCACAUCAACCGGCAAUUUACAGAGGAGGCGCUAACGAAGGUUUUCAUGAAGCUAUCGGCGAUGUGAUCGCGUUAUCAGUGAGGACGUCGAAACAUCUGAAGAAAAUUGGUUUGGCUUCCGGCGAAGACGACCCAGAAUCCGAUUUAAACAACCUUUACUUUAACGGUUUGAGUAAAAUUACCUUUUUGCCGUUCGCCUACGUCAUGGAUUUGUGGCGUUGGGGCGUCUUCUCCAACGAUAUUCCAUCUCAGGAUUACAACUGCAAGUGGUGGAAAUUGGUGGAGGAUUAUCAAGGAAUCGAGCCUCCUUUGGAUAGAAGCGAAGAUGACUUCGAUCCCGCUUCGAAGUAUCAUAUCGUUGCUAACGUUCCGUACAUUAGAUAUUUCGUGAGCUACGUCAUUCAAUUCCAAUUUCACAGAGCUUUGUGCAUCAAAGCAGGCGAAUACGUGCCGAACGAUCCGAGCAAACCUCUGCACGAGUGCGACAUCUAUCAGAGCACUGAAGCCGGAAACGUUUUAGGGAAAAUGUUGCAAAUGGGCGCUUCCCGUCCAUGGCAAGACGCGAUGGAAGUCGUAACCGGACAAAGGAAUAUGGACGCAAGCGGAAUCUUGGAUUACUUCAAACCUCUUCAGGAUUGGCUCGAGGCUGAGAACAAAAAGAACGGAGUUUUCAUUGGUUGGGAGCCGAGCAAAAGAGUUUGCAGCAGUUCGAGGAACGACAACAAACCGUCAGAGGAAUGACCGAAUCAUUGGAAUGACCGAAUUAUUGCGCUACCCCAACUGUAGAUUUAGAUUAAAAUUUCUUUAAUUUA